AAGGAGCGCAGCACACGCCACCACCGCAGCGAGCGCCAGGCCAGGCCGGAGAAGAAGCCUAGACCUAGACCCUCUCCUCCCCUCUCCGGCGACGCAGGCAGGCAGGCAGGGUCUCGGAUCGGAUCUCGUCGGCGGAGAUGAGGCCCGUGUUCGUGGGGAACCUGGACUACGACACGCGCCACUCGGAGCUCGACCACCUCUUCUACCGCUACGGCAGGAUCCAACGCAUCGACAUGAAGUCAGGGUUUGCUUUUGUCUACUUUGAGGAUGAACGUGAUGGUGAUGAUGCCAUACGGGCUCUGGAUGGUUAUCCCUUUGGCCCAGGGAGACGCAGACUUUCAGUGGAGUGGUCACGGGGCGACCGUGGAACCAGACGUGAUGACCGUGAUGGCUAUAGUAAACCACCAGUGAAUACUAAGCCCACCAAGACACUGUUUGUAAUUAACUUUGACCCAAUCAACACAAGAGUCAGUGAUCUUGAACGGCAUUUUGAUCCAUUUGGGAGGAUUUCAAAUGUUCGGAUAAGGAAGAACUUUGCUUUUGUGCAAUUUGAAACUCAGGAAGAAGCCUCAAAAGCACUAGAUGCUACUCAUUUGACGAAGUUACUGGACAGGGUGAUUUCUGUUGAGUAUGCCUUCAGGGAUGAUAGUGAACCAGGUGACAAGUAUGACAGGCCAAGUAGAGGUGGUGGUGGCUAUGGAAGGCAGGAUGACAGUUCAUAUCGCCGUUCUGUUAGCCCAGUGUACCGAAGGUCACGACCUAGUCCUGACUAUGGUCGUCCAGUGAGUCCUCAGUAUGGUGCAUAUGGCAGGAGCAGGAGUCCUGUCCGUGAUCGCUAUCGAAGCCGAUCUCCUGUCCAGCGCUCAAGAUCCCCAGCUCCCAACAGAAGGGGUUAUGACUAAUCGAGAAUCAUCUCGGUUAUGGCAGUGAGGCCGCCUCCAUCUGCUGUUCCAGCUCUAGCAUUAGUAAACAAGAACACUUCUGUACCCGUACCGAACCUUAUCGUUUAGCUGACACCGUGUUAUAAGAAGUUGGACAUGUCCUCCGACACCUGCUUUGCCCUGUGUGCUAAGAAGUUAUACCUGUCCUUUGACACCAGCUUUGUGCCUAAAUCGUGUCGUUUUCGUA